CAACACUUCCUACCAGAUACGUAACACGAUGAGGCUCUCGGUUGUGAAUUUCUUCAAAAAGAGUGUAAACGGACACAUUUUCCGAGGCAAGUACCGUCUCGUCAAACGUGUCACACCCCGAGCGACACAAUCGUUAAUUAGAGAGUACGAGCAAACCGAAGCCAACAUGAAACUGCUGCUUCACCCCUACUUGACGAAGGAGCAAUCCAGUGGUCACGCAAAGGAGCUUGGUAAAAAGGAUCAAAUUGUUGCCAAGUGGCGCGAGGAGCAAUUGAAGAUGAAACCGCACGUCACCAUAGCGGAACGUUUGGCUCACCUGAAAGUGAAGGACGUUUGGGACUAAGCGAAAAGAGUAUGGAAGUUAAAAUGUACACAGUAAGAGCACAUAUUUUAUUGUACAACAAGUGCUUACAGCUAUGCGUUUAAACGAUUCUUUGUUUAGUGUAUAAAUGAUAACA